AUGCAUCAGCGGAUCACGUGCUAUCUAAAGAUGGCGGCGGCGUUUCUGCUGCUGUCUCUGACGCACUAUUUUGCGUCCAGCUUCCUGCCCAUCUCAGACUGCGACGAGACGUUCAACUUCAUUGAGCCCAUCCACUACCUCCUCUACGGCUCUGGCAAGCAGACAUGGGAGGUGUGCUCGCGGUUCGCGCUGCGUUCCUGGCUUUUCUUGUGGAUUCACGCGUGGCCAGUUGUCCUCAUCCGCGGCGCCGCCAGCCUUUCCAGCGUCCGCGUGUACUUCUACCUUCGUAUGCUGAACGGCUGUGCCGCCGCCCUGGCAGAGCUCUUCUUUGUGUGCAGCGUGUGGUUCACUUUAUCGGGCAAGGCGGCAGCGGUGGCGCUGCUGCUGCUGUUAGCCAACUACCCCAUCCAACACGCAGCCGUGAGCGUCUUGCCAACGAGCUUCGCGAUGAUGUGCAACUUUGUGGUACUCGGGAGCUGGCUGCGCACGCAGUCGUGGACGUCUUCGUCCGCCUUGCUAUCGCGCGUUGGGGACAGACCAACGCAGAAUACCAUGCCGGCGGCCGCGGCGGGCACUGCCCAGCUGUCGAUGAUGGUGCCGCCAUCGCCGUCGUCGGCGCCAACACUGCACAGCUCCUCGGCUUCACCGCCGUCUGCCCCACCGCGGCACCUCUGCUGGUUCAUCGGCGCUGCCCUCUGCUUCAGUGUGCUCGCGGUGGUGACGGGGUGGCCGUUUGCCGCCCUCAUCUCCGCUCUUGUCGGUCUCGAUCUCCUCCUACGCUUCCCUGUGCGCACGCUCGCCUGCACGCUCGGCUCUCUUCUCGUAGCGUGCGCGGCUGUUUUUGUGGCGGAUGUGCGGUACUACUGUCGCUGGACGCUGAGCAGCUGGAACGUUGUCAUGUACAACGGCUUCGGCGGCUCCGGACGCGGGCCGGAGCUGUUCGGCGUCGAGCCCAUCUUCUUCUUUUGGAAGAACCUGAUGCUGAACUUCCACCUCAUGUUCGUGGUGGUCCUGCUGGCGCCUGUGGUCCUCCUAUGCGCACCGCGGCGAGAGCUAGCCGCCACGUCGGCGCUCUCCGACGCGGUGGGCGGGGGAAGGCCACCUGGCGACGGCUCUGCAGAAGGGCCGAGCGAUAGCGCUGUAUCCCCCACGUACUCACUCGUCCGCUCGCGGCGGCGGACGUCGGGCACGCACCGCGAUGCAGCGGGGCUUCACUCCUCGCCACUCGCCAAUCGGCACCCUCGUGGGCCGCUGCCUGCGGCAACGACAGCGGCGGUCGGGUCACGCCUCUCUCGCGAGCGGGAGUUGCUCCACAUAAUGCCCUUCUUCGUGUGGUUCCUCUUCUGGAUGAGCAUCGCGCACAAGGAGGAGCGCUUCAUGUCGCCCGCCUACCCGUUCAUGUUGCUGGCGGCGACAAGGACUUUGUGUCUCAUGUUCUUUCCUGACGCAGCCGACGAUCAACCGAACUCGGCAGCGGCAACGCCAAAACGCGAGAAGAUCACUCCUGACGUGGUGGCGGUACCCACGGCGGACGCACAGGGCACCGCCCUCACUUGUCAGCCGCCGCGCCGUCCUUCUGUGCCACUACAAGGGUGCCCCUCGCCCGCCUUCCUGGGGUGGCGCCACCUUGCUGGGCUGGCCUUCUUUUUGGCCUUCUUCCUCCUCUCCUGCUCGCGGGCGAUGGCGGUCUACUUCUUCUACAGCGGGCCGGAGCGCAUGUUUUACGACUGGUACCCUCUGCUGCAGGCGGAGGCGCAGCGGGCGUGGGAGGCGAAGCGUCAGGCAGUGCGUGGGGGAGCGUCACCGUCAUCGCUGCCGCCGGGCACGACGGCACAACAGACGCAGGAGCUGCGCGCCUACUACACCGUGUGCCUCGGGCGAGAGUGGUAUCGCUUCCCCUCGUCCUUCUUCAUCGAUCAUCGCUAUGCUCGCUACCAGUUUCUGGAUACACCCUACUUCCAUGGAAUGCUGCCCAUGUCCUUUGUGACACCGCCACCUGGUCAGGAGAGCGGGUUUUUGCGAGCGCCAUCGAGCGAGGCUGCGACUGCGACGGGACCGUCACCGUCAAAGUCAUCGUCCACGGUCGACCGCAGCUCGUGCUCCUGCGGAGCCCCCAGUGUCAACGACUGGAACGAGGAGAUUCCAGAGCAGUACGUGCGCUACCCUUCAGAACAGUGCGAUGUCAUCUUCGACAGCCUGCCGCCUCCCACGCGUGUAGGGGCGGCACAUCACUCAAACGAACGGAAGCGUCUCCAACUCGAUACCGUGUUCACCCGCUCGCUGCUGAACAUCAGCUCCUUACAGGCUGUGCGGCGAGCCGACGGGAAGACGUGCUGCGCGGUGAAGGACGCGUACGCCGUUCUGGACGUCGACUUGACGCCGCUCUGGUGCCGUGUCUUGUACUACCCCUUUGGUGUAACGAGGCGCUGCGCGGUGUGGCGGCCACUUGUGAUGAACGCAAAACCGUGA